CAGUCCCUUCAUAAGAAAAAAGAAAACAAAGGGACGAAAUUAAGCCUGAUUUCUUUGUAAUAAAUGAUUUGUGGGAAUGGGAUAUCAAGUUUUCCUUAGUUUCAGAGGCCCUGAUGCUCGCACGAGUAUCAUCAGUUAUCUAUAUGACCGGUUACGUAAUAGCGGGAUCGACACCUUUAAAGAUGACGAAAGCCUCCGCAAAGGAAGGGAGCUCUGGCCAGAAAUCCAAGCUGCAAUUCAUGGCUCGAGGAUCUCCGUGCCUAUUUUCUCUAACAACUACGCGUGGAGCACAUGGUGUCUCGACGAGGUUGCGGAGAUGGUCGACCGUGCGAGAUCAAGGUCCCAGAUCAUACUUCCCAUCUUUUACAAUAUUACACCAGGUCAGGUUAAACACCAGACUGGAAAUUAUGAAAAAGCUUUCAACGAGUAUGAAAAAGAUAAGGUCGACCCUAAGACGAUCCAGAAAUGGAGAGAAGCUCUUACGUAUUGCGCUACACUAGGCGGCUACGAAUCAAUUAAAAUUGCCAAUGGAAACGAAGCAGAGCUUGUACGCUUGGUCGUUAGUAACAUAAGAAGAGAGCUCAGGAAAGCGCAUCUACAUUUACCUGAUACUCUCAUUGAAGUUGAAGAUGAAGUGAAGGAGGUGCUUACUUUACUAGAAUGCGACUCCAGCUCCAAAGAUACAAGGACGGUCGCACUUGUCGGCAUGGGUGGUAUCGGGAAGACAACCCUUGCAAAGAUCGUAUACAACCGACUCUGUGACCAAUUUCAAGCACGUGCCUUUCUCAGUGAUGUUCGAGAAAUGGCGGAACGAGUGGAUUCACUGAAGGUGCAGAGCCAACUCAUUUCACAACUUAAAGAAGAACAUAUCAUUCUAAACAGUAAGGAUGAAGGGAUCAUAUUCAUGCGUGAGAGCUUCCGCGGUGACAAAGUUCUUAUUUUUCUUGAUGAUAUCAGCGACAAAUCUCAGCUUGAUGACCUAGGGGUAAGGUCGGAUUACUUAGGACCGGGUAGCAGGAUCAUUAUCACCACCAGAAAUCCGGACAUCCUGAAGGGACCUCAUGUACAUUACAAAGAAGUGACGAGGAUGCCGAUUGAUCUAGGCGUUCAACUUUUCAGCAAGCAUGCCUUUGGUUCAGAUCAUCCCCAGGCUCCGUUUGUCGAUCUCUCCACAGAGAUUGUGAAGACAACUGAUGGGCUUCCUCUAGCUAUUGAGGUUAUCGGUUCAUUCUUGUGCGAACAAUUAGAAGAAGGCAUCUGGAAAUCAAAGUUGGACGAUUUAAGAAAAACGCCCGAGAACAAAGUCAUGGCGAAACUGAGGAUAAGUUACGAUGCAUUGACGAUGAAUCAGAAGCAUAUAUUUCUUGAUAUAGCUUGUUUUUUUAUAGGCGAGGACAGAGAGGUCGCAUAUAGUUUGUGGAAGGACUUGGAACUUAACCCGGUUUUACAAGUCUCGGUGCUUAAAAGAAGGUGUUUAGUUCGAAUUUUCGAUGAUGAUGACAGAAUUUACAUGCACCAACAACUCAGGGACAUGGGAAGAGAGAUCGUCCGUCAGGAAAACAUGUUACAGCCUGAAAGAACCAGUCGGUUGUUGUUUCGCACAGAACAAGAGGAGGAGGAUGAACUCGCCAGGAGGCCCAUCUUUGUGGAUUAUACUCAGUUCUUGACUGUAACAGGUGCGGACUUGAGGCGAUAUCCGAAUCUACAGUACCUCCAUAUGAGAGAAGCGACAUUUUCCGGCAAUUUCAGGGAUUGUCUGAUGGGAUUAAAAUACCUUUGUUGGAGAUUGGCGCCUCCAAGGUUCACCGUCACCAACUUUAACCCGAAGUACUUAGUCAUUCUCGAUCUUUCGCGAUCGAAAAUCGGGACAGGCUGGGUUGGAUGGAAGCAUUUCAAGGGAGCUGCACAUUUUCUGAAGGUCCUAAACCUGUCAAAGUGCUCUCGGCUGACCAAGACACCCGACCUUUCAAUCUUCCCAAAAUUAGAGAGAUUGAUUCUUGUAGAUUGUUUACAUUUGGCGGAGAUCGAUCCUUCGAUCAGGCAUCUCUCGAAGCUGCUUGCCUUAAACGUGGAGGAUAGCUAUAAUUUGCUAAAAUUGCCGAAAGAACUGAGCCGGCUGGAGAACUUGAGAGAGCUGAACCUCGACAACACCGUGAUCUUAAAGGUUCCUGUGUCCGACGGGUUCCUUCAAUGGGUCCGCUUCCUCAGUGCCCCAUGCUGUGAAUCAAGCACCACUCCCAUGACGAUAGAGGAGGGUCUGCGGGUAGACAUCUCCUACCUCCGUUGUUGUCCACUCGAGGAGUUUCGGAUCUCGAUGAGAGAGUUGCAGCGCGUGCGACAGUCCUCACCAAGCUAUCAGCGAUGGUCGAGGAGACGACCCAAAGACGAGGUUAAAGCUGACACCGCAGUUAUGGAGGAGCUUUGCCAGCUUCAGGAAACUGGAGAUCAUGUCCCGCUCUCGGAAAGUCCUCAUCCACUUGCAGAACUAAUCGAUCUUGGGGUCCCCUGCCGGAUCGCCAUACUCGAGAGGGACUUCCUUUACUUCUACUGUCGCGCUCAUCCUAUGCCUCUUCGUGUAAGGUUGUUUGCGGCUGCAAUGGGAGGGUUUAUUCGCAUAAUUCGCCGGGCGGCAAGGUUGUCUCUAUCCCUUGGUUUCUGAGGCCGGGAUAAGGCCAGCCUGCUGGGUCUAGCAAGUGCAACAUCGUGCUCUAAAUAUAACAGUGCAUGCAACGGAUCAUGAGACUAGUGCUGUGGUAACAUAAAUAAUGACACUUUUAUAGAGUAA